UCUGACCUUUCCCAGCGACUGGAGCCGGCGAGGGCGAGAGGAAGCGGCUGCCAUGUAUCUGCUCAAAGCGACCCUGAUAUUGGCUCAGGAGUCGGUGCGGGACGCGGCUUCCCUCAGGGUCCGACAGGUUCUUAAAAACAUCUGUCGGCAAUGUUCAUCUGGAAUCUUACCUAACAAAAUGAUUCGGAAUAUAGGAAUCUCUGCACACAUUGACUCUGGGAAAACCACACUGACAGAAAGAGUUCUAUAUUACACAGGAAGAAUAGCAGAAAUGCAUGAGGUGAAAGGAAAGGAUGGUGUGGGUGCCAUAAUGGAUUCUAUGGAACUGGAGCGACAGCGAGGAAUCACUAUCCAAUCUGCAGCUACAUACACAGUAUGGAAUAAAAGGAAUAUCAAUAUAAUUGAUACACCAGGACAUGUUGAUUUCACAAUAGAGGUGGAGCGUGCACUACGAGUGUUGGAUGGAGCUGUUCUAGUUUUAUGUUCUGUCGGUGGAGUUCAGUGCCAGACAAUGACUGUAAACAGACAGAUGAAGCGUUACAAUGUUCCAUUUCUUACAUUCAUAAAUAAAUUGGACAGAUUGGGAGCUAAUCCUAAUCGAGCUCUUCAACAAAUAAGAUCAAAACUCAACCAUAAUACAGCAUUUGUCCAAAUUCCGAUUGGCCUUGAAGGCAACCUUAAGGGAAUUAUUGACCUCAUAGAGGAACGUGCAAUUUACUUUGAUGGCCAAUUCGGUCAGAAUGUAAAAUAUGAUGACAUUCCUGCUGAGCUACGUACAGAAGCUGCAGAUAGACGUCAGGAGUUGGUUGAGUGCGUAGCCAAUGUGGAUGAACUACUGGGUGAAAUGUUUCUGGAAGAGAAACUCCCUACAGUUGCUGAUUUAAAAGCUGCUAUUAGGAGAACAACUAUCAGCAGGCUAUUCUCACCCAUGUUAGUGGGAAGUGCUCUGAAAAAUAAAGGUGUACAACCACUAUUGGAUGCUAUUCUAGACUAUCUACCGGACCCUAGUGAAGUCCCAAAUUAUGCCACUGUUAAUCAAGAGAAUUCUGAAGACCGAGUUAAAGUUCUAAUGGACCCCAAAAGAGAUGCUUCUCAACCAUUUGUUGGCUUGGCCUUUAAACUGGAGGCAGGCAGAUUUGGACAGUUAACAUACAUUCGAGUUUAUCAGGGUAUGGUGAGAAAGAGUGAAAAUAUCUACAACACACGAACUGGCAAGAAGAUUAGAGUGCAGCGCUUAGUCCGAAUGCAUGCUGGUCAGAUGGAGGAUGUUGAAGAAGUUUAUGCUGGUGAUAUUUGUGCUUUGUUUGGCAUUGAUUGUGCCAGUGGUGAUACAUUUACUUCAAGAACAAGCUGUAAUCUUUCGAUGGAAUCUAUUCAUGUCCCUGAACCUGUGAUAUCAGUAGCAGUAAAACCUGUCAAUAAGAACGAUCUGGAUAAAUUUUCCAAGGGAAUUGGCAGAUUUACACGAGAGGACCCCACUUUUAGGGUUAUUUAUGACUCUGAGAGUAGAGAGACAAUUGUAUCUGGAAUGGGAGAAUUACACUUAGAAAUUUACGCCCAGAGACUAGAAAGAGAAUACAAUUGUCCCUGUGUAAUGGGAAAACCUAAAGUUGCCUUCAGAGAAACCAUUUCUACCUGUGUUCCCUUUGAAUUUACUCACAAGAAGCAGUCUGGUGGUUCAGGCCAGUACGGCAAAGUUAUUGGUGUAUUAGAACCUCUAGACCCUGAAAACUACACCAAGUUAGAAUUUGCUGACAGAACUAUUGGAACAAAUGUACCAAAGCAGUUUAUACCAGCCAUUGAGAAGGGAUUUCUUGAAGCUUGUGAAAAAGGUCCUCUUACAGCUCACAAGAUCUCCGGAGUACGAUUUGUAUUGGAAGAUGGUGCUCAUCACAUAGUAGAUUCCAAUGAAAUCUCUUUCAUCAGAGCUGGAGAGGGUGCCGUCAGACAGGCUAUGGAGAAGACUAGUGUGGUUAUUCUGGAGCCCAUUAUGUCAGUGGAGGUUGUUGCACCAAAUGAGUUUCAGGGAGCUGUUAUUGCUGGAGUUAAUCGUCGACAUGGUGUUAUCACUGGCCAGGAUGGAGCAGAGGGAUACUUUACACUUUAUGCUGAUGUACCACUAAAUGACAUGUUUGGAUAUGCCACAGAACUGCGAUCUUGCACAGAGGGUAAAGGUGAAUACACAAUGGACUACAGCAGAUACCAGCCAUGCCUGCCCAGUGUACAGGAAGAUCUGGUCAAUAAAUACCUAGAAGCAACUGGCCAACUACCAGUUAAAAAGGGAAAAGCCAAGAACUAAAUGCCAUUGUCAGUUGAUUUUUCAAGAAUGUUGGUGUCAUUUUGGGCAUCCUGAUAACUGUUUCAAGAAUGUUAAUACACUUUUGUUGGAAGUGUUUUGUUGGUGACACCUAUGCAUAGGAAUUCCUUAAGAUUAUUCCUUUGAUAAGACUUACAGCAAUCGCUACAUCUCAUGAACUGACAUUUAUCAAACUGUUUAGUUUUUGAAGGAUUUAUCAGGUUACACACUGAGAUUUAUUUCUUCAUAUUGUAGCUCCAAAAGCAACUUUUUUUUUAUUCUUGCAGGUACCUUUUUGAAAAGGGUGUGUUAUAAAUUGCUGAAUAACUGAAAGAAUUGCAUUUUGAUUUUUUUUCUAGGGAAGAGCAAUUCCAACUCUGUCCCCAUUGUACAUUUUUCCUGCUCCAGGCAUCAUUUUUUGAAAUACAAAAUCCAGAAGUGAAGCAUAAAAUAUCCUCCAGUUAUCAUCUGUAUUUUAAUUGAGUACAGAAAUUGUCAGUUAAAUUUCUCUUGGAUCCAGCACUGAUUUUAGAAAUCUGAUCAAUUUUUAAUUUAUAUUUCUGUUAAUUUAAGGGAGUGCUACAUUCAUCAAAAAAAGUUUGGGAAACAACUAUUUUUAAGAAGGGAGAAGAGCCAUGUUUCAGUACAUUGACCUCGUGCCAGUUAGGCAUACAUGUGCUAUUUAUUUAUUUAGAUUAUUUACUAUAUUCUGUUUUAAUCUACAAAAAAAAGUUUCCUUAAAACUAUUUGAUAAAGACUCUGCCCUUUUAAAAAUACUGUCUUAUAAAAGUGGAAUAUUUUUUAUCUGGAGCUGAAAAAUCCAAGUUUCCCAAAAUUUGUGACCCCUAUGCUUUUGUCUUUUGUAAACUGGGAAGAUCUUUAUAAAGUGUGAAUCUUUGUU